UAAACUUCAACAAUGAUCCUGGUGCACAUUUUCGUCUUCCUUCUCGUUGUUCUUUGUACAGCUGCACAGGAGAAACCACCGACUGCAAUUACACCACGAUCCCAAGAUGAAAUCGAAAAAGAGUUUGAGUUGUUUCUAAUGGCCGACACGGAUCCUCCUACGACAACAACAACCACUACCACUACCACAACUACCACCACCACUACUACACCGCCACCGCCACCGCCGCCAACUAUUCAGAAGUCUGCUGCAGUGUCACCUGAAUCGGCCUCUUCCAAUUCCAUCAAUAUCCUCGUCUUCUGCAUCGUGUCCAUUACAACCUACUUGUGGUCUUAUUGAACUUUUUGUAUUGAUUAGAAUAGUCUUGAAUUGAAUGAAUGAAAUGGAUUUGG